GUCGAUGAACCGACGUAGCAUUAAUUAGUGAGGUUAUGUUCGUUGUCUUGUGGACACUUUUAGAUGCAAUUUUGUAACUAUUAAAGCUUCUGACAAUCUCCUCCUCUUAGAUAAACCAAAAUGGCGACUGUCGACUAUCCAAGGAACUUCACUCGAAUCACCCCUUUCAUCUGUGAAAACAUCACCAUUGAAAAUUAUUUCUGUAUGGACUGUGGCUUCCAAACAGACCUAACCAUACUCUUGAAAGAGCACAUCGAACGUUACCACGCCAUCAAACUAGAAAACCCGCAAGACCUCGACAAGAAAUACCGCAGCCGAAUUUACCUGUGCGGAAAAUGCAGCUUCGCCACCUACUUCGCCUUAAAGUGGGUUCAGCACUCCUUAUCGUGCCCCAAAGACGACAAUCCAUACUUGACCCACAAAACCAAAGUCCGCUUUGAGAAAGUUCGAACAAAAGGCAAACGAGACGGUUGCACCUGGUACAAGUGCAACCUAUGCGACUACAAAGCCAAGUACAAGCGCUCCAUAAAAACCCACACGAUCUCGAAACACUUAAAAGACGACGAAAUCCAGUGGUACCACUGCCAGAUGUGUUCCUACAAAUGUAAAUUUAAAUUCGCGCUACGAAAACACCUAAACGUGCAGCACCUCGACGAAAACAGUAUUAAGUGGCACAAAUGCGCCCACUGCCCCUUCAAAACCAAAACGGCGCACAAUUUGAAAAUCCACGUCCACCGGAAGCACACGAACGAAAACGAAAUCAACUGGUACCCGUGCGACCUGUGCUCGUACAAAGCCAAAUUCAAACGGGCCUUGAAGGUCCACAUAAGUUCGGUCCACGUGGACGAGAAAGACAUCAAGUGGUACGACUGUGACCAGUGUUCGUUCCGAACCAAAAUCACGCAUAUUUUGAAGAGACAUAUAUACAACAAGCACCAAAACGAGGACGAAAUCGAGUGGUACCCAUGUGAGCAGUGUCCGUUCAAAACGAAGAACAAAGAGUGGCUGAAAGCGCACGUGAACACUCACCACUUGAACGACGAAGAUAGCAAGUGGUUCGAAUGUGACCGAUGUUCGUUUAAGACCAAGUAUCGGACGAGUAUGAAGAAUCACGUGUUGAGGAAGCACGCGAGCGAUAAUGAGGUUGAGUGGUUUUGCUGUGAACAAUGUGGCUACAGAACUAAGAUUAAGAGCUCGUUUGAGUGGCACGUGAAGUCGACUCAUGGGGAGGAGUGGCAUGAAUGUGAGCAGUGCUCGUACAAAACGAGAAAUGCGUAUUCGAUGAAGGAUCACAUAAUUAAUAAACAUUUGACCGAAAACGAGAUUAAGUGGUAUCAAUGCGAAAAGUGUCCGUUUAGGGCGAAGCUGAAGCGGCACUUGAACCAGCAUUUAAACGCCGUGCAUUUUAAUAAGUGGUAUACUUGUGAUUAUUGUUCGCUUAAAACAAUAUAUGUAAACAAUUUAAAGAAACAUAUAAAGGACAAACAUUCGUGCGAUGUGGAGGCAGCGAUGAAGUCGGAAUGAGGGGAUUUGCUAAACUUAAGUAAUGUUUAAUUACAAAAAUAGAACAAAUUAGACAUGCAACUACUGCAAAAGGAGAGAGAAGUAUACAACAUAGCUAAUAUGUAUGUAAUGUUAUAGCACCUUAAGUAUGUAUGAGUAUGUACCACAAUAUAAUAUUUUUUGUU